AUGCGCGCGUCCACCCUCAUCGGCGCGCGCUCGUCCGCGUUCGCGUCCGAGCUGAGGCCGGCGAGGGCGGCGGCGAGGGCGGCGUCGUCGCGCGCGAGCGACGCCUCGCGCGGCGGGUGCCGUUCGAGCCGACACGUGGCCUCCUCCACCUCCUCCUCCUCCUCCUCCUCCUCGUCCGACGUCACGAGCCUCGCGCUCGAAGACCGCAAGUCGCUCCUCCUGCGCCUCUGCGCGAACACGGACCGCGGGAAGUCGGUCACGCCCGACGCCGCGAAGCGCAUCGAGGAGCUCGUCGCCGCGAUCGAGGCUUCGAACGUAACGCGCGAUCCCGCCGUCUCGCCGCUCAUCAGCGGCGAGUGGUCGCUCGUCUACACCGGCGCGAGCGCGAAGGACGCGGCGGAGCGCGCGAAGCGCGAGGGCGUCAUCGGCAGGACGCUCACGGAGGUCACGGGAAGCGGUGGGAACGUCGCGGGCGAGGGCGGCGCGGAGACGCGGACGACCGACUCGAUCUCAUCGAUCUCGAAGAAGAAGCCGCUGCCGCUCGGAAGGAGCAUCUCGCUGCUGUCGGGCGCGGUGGAAAACAGAGGGAACUUCCAGGACAUCGACGCGGCGCGCGGCGUCGUGGAGAACCGCGCGGAGCUGAGCGUAUUCGGCGUGCGCGCGGAGGUGAAGAUCGAGGCGAGCUGCGUCCCCGCGGCGCCGUCGGACGCGGGCGGGGAAUCGAUAAGACUCGACGUCGCGUUUCGGCGCGUCGCGAUCACGCUCGGGCCGCUUCCUCCGCUGUCGAUACCGCUGACGUUCGUGAACGACGGGAAGGGGCCGCAGGGGUGGUUGGACACGACGUUUCUGGACGACACGAUGCGGUUGGGAAGGGGCGAUAAGGGGUCGACGUUCGUGACCGUACGGCGCGGGUGACGACGACAGCUGCGCGUCGCCCGUAUAAAUAUUAUACAACACGUGGCCGCGAAGCCUCCCGUUCAAAGACACGACGCGUCGCGUCGCGUCGCGUCGCGUCCCGCGCUCCCUCCUCCCUCACGGCUGUCCGCGGCUGCCCAUCUUGUACCCGUCCGCGUCGCCGGUGUCCAUGACCGCGAUCGCGCACGCGCUCGCGUUCGAGACAUGCGCCUGGAUCUUCCCGUUCAUGAUGGCGUCGAACUUCUCCUUCUUUUUUAUCCUCCUCUUCUCGCUCUGCGCCUUCCUCGCGUCGGCGCCCUCCUCGAACGCCCUCUCCACCGCGCUCGUCACCAUCGUGCUCGCGUCGUCCCCCGGCGUCGGGAGUUUGCCGUCCACGUCCGUCAGCGCGAGCGCGCCCCCCGCGGCGACGAGCGUCGCGAUGCUGUCUUCCCACUUCAAGUCCCCCGUCGCGUCGCUCGCGUACGCGUCGCACGCGACGUGCAGGCACGUCCUCCCCUUGAUGUCCUCCGCGUUCGGGUCCGCGCCCUUGCUCAGCAGGAGCUUGAUGAUCUCCACUUCGCCGAAGGACGCGGCGAGGUGCAGCGGCGAGGCCCACGUCCCCGGGGCUUCUUCGUUGACGACGGCGGUCGUCGCGGCGUCGUCCUCGCACGCGUCGAGGACGUCCGCGACCGCGUCGACGUCGCCGGUCGCGAUCGCGCGCGCGAGCUUCGACGGCGGCAGCGCGUCGUCGUCGGCGUCGGCCAUGGCGGGCGGGCGGGCGGGCGGGACGACGCGCGCGCGGGUUCGAGGCGGGCGGACGAGCGGC